AUGGCCGGACCAGCGGAGGCAGUCCUGGACCAAGCUCCCGAGCUCAACAAUUCCGCCAGAGCCAUGCUCAUGGUCCCCAAGCUCCCGAAGCCCGUCCCCGAAGAACCCACCCGCCGGCCACGUGGCAGACCCGCCGGCUCCAAGAACAAGCCGAAGCCGCCGAUCAUCAUCACCCGCGACAGCGCCAACGCCCUCAAGGCCCACGCCAUGGAAGUUUCCUCCGGCUGCGACGUCGGCGACUCCCUCCUCAGCUUCGCCCGCCGCAAGCAGCGUGGCGUCUGCGUCCUCAGCGCCACCGGCUGCGUCACCAACGUCACGCUCCGGCAGCCGCCGUCUUCCUCCGGUUCGAUCGUUACCCUCCACGGCCGGUUCGAGAUUCUUUCCCUGGCCGGCUCCGUGCUGCCCCCGCCGGCCCCGCCGGGGGUCGCCGGACUCACGGUGUACCUUGCCGGAGUCCAGGGUCAGGUCGUCGGCGGCAGCGUCGUCGGGGCGCUGGUUGCUUCCGGGCCGGUGGUGAUCAUGGCUGCAACCUUCAUGAAUGCCACCUUCGACCGGCUGCCGCUGGAGGAAGACGAUAUGGUCGGCGGCGGCGGCGGUGGAGGUGUCGGUGGGCAGCAGCAGUUUCAGAAUAACCGUCAGCGCCACCACAUCGAUGUGCCCGACGGUCAGGUUUAUGGAAUCACUCAGAAUUUGCUGACGAAUGGGGAGGGCUACGGUUGGGCCACAGGCCGGGCCGGGCCUAAAUAA